AUGGAGGUUGUACUGGGUCUUGGCGACCAAGGCCGGGCUGCCGGAGCGGAGGGGGCAGCCUCCGUCGCCUCGCAAGGGGGGCGGCGAAGGUCCCCCCAUCGACGCACGGGGACACGACCAUUCGGAGGAACGGGCGGCGAUAGCGCCAUAAUAAUGCAAGAGCUGCGCCACCGAGUCCAGAACCUGGAGCGGCAGCUUGCCGACCGGGAGCAGGACGGACGCUCUACCGAUCCGAGCUAUACCCCGUCUCCCGGAAGCGAGGAGGAAGACUCUUACCGAAGCCGCCCGCGGACGGAAGCAGAGAGUUCGCGGGAGGAGUCACCCAUAAUGAGGAGACGAAAUGACACGAUCAUCUACUCCCGAGGCAGACCGACCCAUCGAGCGACAAGAGGUCGCGAAGACGGAAGAACACGACAACCUGUGAUAAUGGGCGCCACCCCGUUCCACCGAUCUAUCCUCGAGGUCCGGCUGCCGAAACACUUCGACAAGCCAACGGACAUGAGGUACGACGGAACUCAAGACCCUCUAGAACACCUGACGGCCUUCGAGGCCAGAAUGAAUCUAGAGGGGGUAGGCGACGAAGUGAGAUGCCGCGCCUUCCCGGUGACCUUAGCAGGACCAGAGAUCAAAUGGUUUAACGGCCUCCCCCAAGCAAAGGCUAAGCAUCCUAUCAACCUUCUCGGGGUAACCCAAAGACAGGGAGAGCCGACCAGGAAGUACUUGGAUCGGUUCAACGACGAAUGCUUGGAAAUUGACGGCUUAACCGACUCGGUGGCCAGUCUUUGCCUAACGAACGGCCUCCUCAACGAGAACUUCCGGAAACACCUCACCACGAAACCAGUUUGGACGAUGCAUGAAAUCCAAACAGUGGCCAAGGAGUAUAUAAACGACGAGGAAGUCAGCCGAGUCGUGGCUGCCAACAAACGGCAGUCCGGUUACAGCCAAGCACGGCAGCCCGUCGACGGAGAGAGAGCUAAGGAAAAAGCUAGGGAAGAGGCGUCAAACAGGAUAGCGGAGAAGGGAAUCCUUUCAAAGCCCCGAGCACUUAAGGACCGAACAGGAGGAAACAAGAACCUUUACUGUGAUUACCACAAGGGGUAUGGCCAUCAAACACAGGACUGUUUCGACCUGAAGGAUGCAUUAGAGCAAGCGAUAAGGGAAGGAAAGCUGGCAGCGUUCUCCCAUCUUAUCAGGGAGCCGAGAAGGCGUUAUCGCGACCAGGACGAGGAAGGCAAGACACGCCCGGUCAAGCGGCGACAAGAGCCUGAAGACAGAGACCACGGCCUCACGGUGAUAAACGUGGUAACGGCAAAGAACACUGCACCAAAAUCCCGGUCGGCACACAAGAAAGACGCCAAGGUACUGGCGAUCUCAUCUUCACCAGUGCAGAGUACCAAAAAACCCCCGUCCAUUUCUUUCGGCCCAGAAGAUCAAUGGUUCAGCGACGCCCCGGAAAACCCUCCCAUGGUCAUCACGGCCAGAGUAGGAACCGGCCUCGUCAAACGGAUCCUUGUCGACACUGGGGCCGACUCAAACAUCAUGUUCCGAAACGUGUUCGACGCACUGGGGCUGAAGGAUGCCGACCUGACGACCCACCAGCACGGGUUAUCGGGUUAG